GGUGAUUUUACGUUUUUGCUAUCCACUCUUCCCAUCCCAUCCUGUCGCAGCUGUGGCCUGGGUUUUUGUUGCCUUCCAUUCAUCUUGCGACCCAUCAUCAUCCCCCCUCUCCCUCCCAUCGUUCUACCCUGUGUCAAGAAGCCCUGUAAGCUAUUGUUCUUGGGGGCUCAUACAUAUAUCUCCCGAUCUUCCCACUUCUGAGCCUUCUCCCUCCUCGACCUUUUCCUCUCCUUCUUUACCUUCCUGCACGUUACUCCCGAGUGGUUUUUGGCGCAGGGCAUGCUCCAUUACGAUUUCUCUAAUUUUGAUGUUCCCCAGUCUACUCCAUCCGCCCCUUCACCGCUGUAAAUCCUCGCCGCUAGGCGCCCUUCACCACACAUUUCCCAUUCCAGUCGGUGUUUUCAACAACCUUUGAGGUCGUGCAGCCAAUUUCACAUAUCCGUCACCAUUCCCACAACUCCGUACUUCCAACGUCGCUUUGUAUAGCAUCCUAGUCGUCAACCCCAAUUAUUCACCCUUUUGCCGAUCACCAUCAGCAGUUCCAUCAAUCCAUCAAUCCAUCAAUUGUGACUUCGCGUCAUCGACACCGUCGCGUCUUCCGAUCGCACUCUACCUGCACACGGACUUCCAACACCUCAAUCUUCUCUUGAUGGCUGCGGUGUAAGCCUACGUUUUCGACCGUGCACUCAGUUGUGGCCGCGGAAAGAGCUUAAGAUGGAAAUGCAUGAUACCAGAAGUUCGUCCAACGACUUGUCCAGCGCGCCGCCGAGUGAUGCUGAGAGCACUCCCGGACCUCCCAAUCAUCACCCUGUGCAUCGCGACUUUGGCCUAGCAGGCAAUCUUGGUGUUGCAAACAGUUUCGGCGCGCGACAAACCCAAGCGAGUCCCGGUGCAGGUGUCAGUGCAUCACCAGCCACAGCUGCAGGCGUGCGCCAAGACAACGGCGCAGCUGCGCCGCCUGUCAGGAGACCCCGAAAGAAGCGCGAUCCCAACACGCCCGAAGAGAAGAAACCACGAGUUCCUCGUAAGCCGCGAGGCACAGCCCUCACUACCACAGGUGUUCGCAAAAAGACCAAAAUAGAGCCGCCAGACCCAGGCAGCACGAUCCUGAUGCCUCGGCUUCAAAGCGCAGAUUUGCAGUCAUCCACUCUGGUUCAGCCAGUUUUGUUCUCCCCUCCAGGAGCCACCGAGAGCCGCCGAGAUGAAGCCGCCAAGUUUACCGGAUCUGGCCUCACGAUGCACAACCCACCGAUGCCCGCCCGAACACCCCCCCAGCGGAUCUACGAAUACAAACCACGUGAAUAUGACAGCAAACCACGCGCCCCGCCGCCGCCGCCGCCGACCCCUCCUCUUCCUCCUCAAUCCUCCCCUGCUCGCUCAACUAGCAUGUAUGAUCCCAUCAGAUCUGUCCAGCGACCGGUUGACACAAAUCCGCCUGCUCCACCGUCCAUCCGACCCACCGUCACGCCUCCAAGAAGGGCCGACAACCCAAGUACAUCUCCCACCAUCUCCAGCAUCAUCGACCACCCUCCGCGACCCGACAUCUCAACUGCUACAACCGUGGUGACGCAUCAGGUGAAGACGGAACCUCCUCACGGCCAGGCCGAUGGCAGGGUGGUCGAUUCACCAGGAGUCAAUGGCAAUUCGUCAGCAAUGGAUGUUGACCACGUCGUUCCAGACCAAGUGCAGUCCAAAAAGCCCGCCUCUUCACGCAAAGUGCCCUCGGAAGCAUCCACUCGUCCCACCUCCCCGAAGCCUGCGCGGUCAAAGGAGCAGCCGCCUCCGCCACCAAUGGGUUCUGGACUUUUGUCGGCCAGUCUGUUUGGCGGUGAUUCGAGUAACGAUAUGCCAAAGGACUCGGAAAAGGGUCCCAACAUUGUCCUGCAUGUCGACUUGAAAGAUCCCGGUAAUCGAGUCAUCAACUUUGCUCGUAUGGCCGAGGAAAAGUACGGGUUCGCAGCCUUGUACCCUCGUCAAGCCGCCCAAAAAGAACGACUGGCCAAGAUUGCCGCUGCUGGGGCUGCGCUCGAACGGUCAGCAUCGGGCAGCAAGUUUGGAGGCACGUCAGCCGGAGACAGUGGUGAUGAAGAUCUCAGCGUUGACAUUGAGCGUGAUUCUGACAACGACGGAGACGUCGCAAUGUCUGGAGUCAACGGCGGACAAGAACCAGCGAACAGCGGGACCGACGGGCCAGGGCCGAAACGUCGACGGCGAAGAAAGGUAGAGGAGUACGAUCAAGACGAUCCCUUCGUAGACGACAGCGAAUUACUCUGGGAAGCGCAAGCAGCGGCUAGCAAGGAUGGAUUCUUUGUCUAUUGUGGGCCGCUUGUACCCGAGGGAGAAAAACCAGCUGUCGAGAGGGCGGAUGGCACGAUCAAGCGGGGUCGUGGCCGAGGCCGCGGCGGUGGUCCUGGUUCUCGCGGCGGAAGAACAGCUGCUGGCGCUUCUGAAAGAGGCUCUGGGAGGGGUGGAGGGCCUGGGUCCCGGGGAGGAGGCAUCACACGAAAACCUCGAAUUACAAAGGACGACCGAGCGCAGAUGGAGAGGGAGAAGCUUCAGCGAGAGAAGAUGGCGCCGCUGGUGGCCAAGCCAACGGCAUAUCCUGGUUAACCAGCUGGACUACAGCACUGUCAUAUCGGUUACGGCCGCUAUUCAAGGGCGGAGGUGCUGGGGAUUCGACAUUCAGCGAUUGGACGUGUCAUGAAAUAGAUAUCGACUGUGCAAGGGGCGGGAAGAGGUCCAAAGGAUGGGCCUCACCAGUUCACGGGUCGGAAAAGUGCCGAGAUGUUCUGCUCUUGUAAUCCCGAGUUGUGUAUUUUAGUAUUCUCCCCAUGCGCGGUGAAGGAUGUUCACGCACAACGAACCACACCAUGUCCGAAUACAAAGACCAUGGCUCCCGAAAAAGGGGCUUACCUUUUG